AUGGACCCGCGGCAACGGUAUCUCGAAGAGCAAAUGCAAAGAACGGAACCGGAAGCAGAGGAAUUGCACCGAAACCUUCACGAACUUAGGACCAAGUAUUCCGAGUUAGAGCAAGCCUUCGAAAUCAAUUUGCAGCUGCAGACCAAACGGGAAAUUGAAUUUAAUCGCAUGAAACACGAGAAAGAAGAGCUUCAAAAAUUUAACGACGGAAUUCUAAAAACGAGAACAGAAUUAAACUCGAGGCUAAUGAAUGCAAUAAUUGAGAGGGAUCGUUGGAAAAACGCAUCUCUUCGACAAAAGGAAUUUAUUAUGAGUAACAAAAUUGAAUGUAGCAACGCAGUGGCUAUGAUUAAACGAGAAUGCGAGAACAUUUUGAAAAUGACACGAGAAACCACAGAGAAACAAUUUCGCGAACUAAUCGAGCUGUACAACGAAGCUAGAGAGAAGGGGACCCGAUUAGAGGGGCAAAUAGAAACGUACCAAAUCUCACAACGCGAGCAUGAGAAUCGAAGUUUCGAACUGGCGAACCUACUCGAAACUUUAAAACGUUUCGACGUGGAUGUCAGUUCGCUCUGUCAACUUGUGGCAGAAGCUCUGAAGAACUUGAUCGAACCAGAAAACUUAUUCGAUGAAAGCAUGAAAAAUCUGAGACAACUCACUUGGACAACGAAAAACAAGAAGGACGAACCAGAACUCGUUUUAUUGAGGAAACAAAAUUUCGUUUUAAAAGAGGUCGUGAAGAAUCUUAAAAAAAAG